CCCGCCAUGUCCUACUACAAUGACCCCUCGUGGCCCGCUCCUGGCCGGCAGCCAUCCUGGGAACAGCCGCAGCCGCCGUCGCGCUCUGGUAUGGAAGACCACUGGAAUGUCGUCCUGGGGGCAGUUGAUAACGGCCAGACAGGUGCAAGCUCAACCGUGAACCGGGACGAAGCCAAUGCUUUCGUCUCUCAAUUCGAUGAGGUCGACCGUGCCGCAGACAACCUCGCCAAGAGUGCCAAAGGAUUCGCGUUUCCCACUCAAGUGGGUGGCAACCGCCGAGAUUCGAUGCCUGUCAUGGCCCCUCGUCCGUACCCUGAAUAUGACCCUCGCAUGGGCGGCGGCCCCCAACGGCACCACUCCGUGAGCGAGUACGACGGAAUGCGAUCCCACUCGGCGUCCAACGUCCAGGGCUACUACCAGAGCCAACGCUAUGCGCCCCGACCCAACGAUGCCGAUCAGAUGGCCCAGGCAAAACGUCGGAUGGCAGCUCAGCGCGAGCGGGAGUUGCGCAACUAUCAUCAGGAACAGCAGUAUCACAGAAAUGUUUCUGGUUCCAAAUCCGACCGCUCCAUGAGUCCCAACGCCAUGAGUGAAGAGGAUCGCCGGGAGCUCAUUGCUCGCCAGCACCGUGCCCUGUAUGGCGAGAAUUCGGGCUUGUACACUAGCAACAAUCCUACCUCGAGCCAGGACGUUCGAGUCAACACCUCUGGUGCUGGUCGCGGUACCUCCCCUUUGGCCUUUGAUCCGUUCGGCAUGCAAGCGCAGUCCGGCGAGGGUGUGGUUCAGAUGCCCUCUCGAGACAAGGAUACUACUGGCGGUGCUCAGGAGGCCCGUGCAAACAGCAACUCCUCGCCGUCCUCGAACCAGAACCCGACCUUUAGCCUGUUCGAGAACACACAACAGGCGAGCCGCACCUCCAGCUCUUCUCCCGGCGGAUCUCCUCCUCGCCAAGGGGCAAAGUCCUCCAACGGCUCGGGCGUCGCUCCGAUUGGAACUCGCCCUACCACGAACCAGGGUCAACCGGCUGGUGCUCCCUUGAGCAAGCGAUCCACGACUCCUCUCCCGUCGCCGCUCAGCUACUCGUACAAUGCAAGCGAGCAAAACAACAACAAUUCUAAUGAGCGCACUACUUCUGCUUCUCUGAACCCGUCCUCGACCGUCACCGACAAGGGCGUAAGUGGCAUUUGGAACAAAUCUGGUGUUUGGGGAAAUAAUACCCAUGGUUCUUCCCCACGCGCUCAAUCCCCCGCUAACACCCCUUCUGGUCCAACUACGGCGCGCCCGGCGUCGCCGAAGCCUCCAGGCGGUCCCGCGACGGUGAUGCGAAGGAAGGCGGCCGCCGACCGCGCGGAGAAGGUGUCGAACCAGCGACCAAGUAGCACGCGAGCGGCCGGUGCAGGCGGAAGCUCAAGCACUAUGCUGAGGCUCUACACGGAUGAAUCUCCUGGCUUGAAGGUCGACCCGGUUGUGGUCAUGACCCUUUCCGUCGUCUUUAUCUUCAGCGUUGUUUCUCUUCACGUCAUUGCUAAGGUCAUGCGCCGAUUCUCCUCAUAAUCACCUCAACACUCUCUCCCACACUCUCACAUUCUGUAAUGGUAGGCGCUCUGCUGCAGCGACACCAUCAAUAACUCUUAUCCCCGACAAUACUACAUCUUCUCCCUAGCCUCCUUCAUUCUCUCCGGCUCGUAUGCUCAGACUCCAAGGAUGGAAAAGUUUACUGACUGAAACCAAUACCUUAUCAUUUAUUUUGUCCACGGCGGUAUAGGUGGUGUGUCUGGUCCGGGUUCUUUGCAUGGUGUAUUAUAGGAUUUGCAAUGAAAUAGGAAAGUUCCCG